UUCUUUGCACAGUGAAUAACUCUGAAGGGAGCUCUUCGGCCCACCUUGAGGUACUUGAACAUUGCCCGUAAGACCUAAAUAUGCUUCAUCAUAAUUGUUUAUAUUGUCUUCCUGCACAGUGCUGUGCCACACUGAGAUAACAAAGCAAGCUCUAAAUAAGCUGCCUUGUGUACAGGAGGCUGUUAUCACAGCAGUGUGCCCAGGUUAAUUCAGCUCGACUACUUGUGGGUAUAUUCCAGUUGGCUCAGAUAUCACCACAUAGCACUGUGUUAUUUAGUAUGGACACACUCUCAGGAGAAUCCAAGUUGUCUUUGAAGGCUUUUACUGGCCUGAAUAAAAGUUCUUGGUAAAGGCCACAGAGUUUUCAGACAAGAAACGCACUUUGGAAAAGUAAAAUCAAAUUCUAUUACCACUGUCACACCUGUUUGUUUGUUCAGCAGAAAAAGCCAGGAAUGGAUUAGACAUGAAUGUGAAACUUCCUCUUCUCUUCUGGCUAUUCCCCUUUACUGAAAUUUUAGAUGGUACCAGACAGGAAGAAGUGGAAGGUGAGCUCAGUGAAGAAGAACGCUGGUUUGGGAAUUCUUCAGAAACUCCUUCGGAAGCAUCAUAUGGAGAAGUCCAGGAGAACUUUAAGUUGUCUCUUGAGGACAGAAUUCAAGAGCAGUCCACCUCCCCCGAUACCUCUUUGGGAAGUGUGACGCCGAGCAGCAACACAGCGGAGCUGGGAUCCAUUGAAAAUGAGGCACUAAGGGACACACUACAGAGCAAGGAGCACCUUUCUCCAGAUGUGUCCUCUCUGGGUGAAGAGGAACCUCCUGGUCCAAACAAGCCACUGAGCAGUAACCUGAGGCGGCUCCUGGAGGCUGGCUCCCUCAAGCUGGAUGCUGCUGUUACAGUCAAUGGCAGAGUCGAGUCCCCUGCAAAUCUUGGCUCCAACAUCUCCUUCUCUCCACCUGCUCACCAUGCCCAGCAGCUAAGUGUGCUUGCCAGAAAGCUUGCUGAGAAACAGGAACAAAGUGACCAAUACAAUGCAGGCAGUCACUUUAUAUGGAAUCAAGGUAAGUGGUUGCCAAACUCAACCACCACCUGUGGUUUGUCCCCUGAUUCAGCUAUCCUGAAGCUGAAAGCCGCAGCCAAUGCCGUUCUGCAGGACAAAUCUUUUUCCAGGACUGAGGACACGAUACGAUUCGAAUCCUUUUCCUCGCCUUUUAGCUCUCAGUCAGCCAGCUCCACGUUAGCAGCUUUAUCUAAGAAAGUGAGUGAGAGAAGCAUGACUCCUGGGCAGGAGCAUCCACCUCCAGCCAGCUCUUUCCUUUCCCUGGCUUCCAUGACCUCUUCAGCUGCCCUUCUCAAGGAGGUUGCUGCAAGGGCUGCGGGCACCCUCCUGGCUGAGAAGAAGAAAUCACUGGUUCCUGAGGAUCCUCUGCAGCUUUCAGAGAUGAAACAAGAGAAAGCAACUCCACCACAGUCUUUGGAAUUACUGUUACUACCAGUCCCGAAGGGAAGAGCAUCCAAACCCACUAGUGCAGCCUCAGAAGAAGAAGGGGGAAAACCUUUCCAGUGUCCCAUCUGUGGUUUGGUUAUCAAGAGGAAGAGCUACUGGAAACGGCACAUGGUGAUUCACACAGGUUUGAAGAGCCAUCAGUGCCCUCUCUGUCCUUUCCGCUGUGCACGCAAGGACAAUCUCAAAUCACACAUGAAGGUUCAUCAGCACCAAGACAGGGGUGAGACCUUCCAAUGCCAGCUGUGCCCUUUUACCUCCUCCCGCCACUUCAGCCUGAAACUCCACAUGCGCUGCCACCAGCAUUUCCUCAGGACAGAGUCUAAAGUGAAGGAGGAAAUGCCAGAAACUGAGGUGAAGGGGUCACCACAGCUAAACAGUGACUCCUGCCCGGGACCACAGAGGGAAGGGCCUGACCUGCCAGGAUCAGCAUCUGUAUCCAAAACACCCGAGGUGGCUGGGCAGGCUGCUGGGGGCGUUCCGCCUUUGCUGGUGAAGGAAGAGCCCAAAGACGACGCUGGCGCCCCAGCUGCACCUUUUGCUCUUAGCACUGUUGACAGAGCACCAAACAACACAAAGCUGAAAGACUCCUCUGACUUCGUGGCCAAUACAGCAUCAGCACUAUUCAGCCAAGACAUCUCUGUCAAGAUGGCAUCAGAUUUUCUAAUGAAGCUGUCAGCUGCAAAUCAAAAAGAGCCUUUGACUCCUAAUUUUAAAGUGAAAGAGGAACCUAAGGAUGAAGAAGCUGGAAGUUCAGCCGUGUCUCAGCCCAGCUACGUGUUCAGCCAAGAGCCUGAAGCCUCAGCUCCAAAUGUCCCUGAAGAGAAACUCAAGCCACAAGAAGCACAGGCAAAUGUGAUGAGGCAGGACAUGUCAGUCAAGGCAGCAUCUGAGCUCCUCAUGAAGCUCUCAGCCGAGAGUUUCAAGGAAGCCCAGAUGGUGAAGAUAAAGGAGGAGCCGAUGGAAGUUGACAUCCACGAGUCGCAGGCGGCCGUGUCCCCCAGCCAGGCCGGCCAGAACGUCGGCUACAGCACUUUACUGGGGCGCGACAUCCAGAAGGCACCCGAGGGCCGGGUGCUCCCUGAGAGAAAUCUCUUCAGCCAGGACAUAUCAGUGAAGAUGGCAUCUGAGCUGCUCUUCCAGCUCUCAGAAAAGGUGAGCAAAGAGCACAACCACAAUAAAGAUAACACCAUCAGAACUACAGCCAGCCCUUUCUUUUCUGAAGACACAUUUAGACAAUCACCAUUCACUUCCAACUCAAAAGAUCUCCUGCCCAACGAAACUACUCUUCAUGGAAGGACUUCUGCACCAGAAACAGAAAAGCUGGGGCUGGAGGUGGGAAAUGGAUUGCCAUCUUGGAAAUUUAACGACCAGCUGUUUCCCUGUGACGUGUGUGGAAAAGUGUUUGGUCGCCAGCAGACUCUGUCCCGGCACCUCUCGUUGCACACAGAAGAGAGAAAAUACAAAUGCCACUUGUGCCCCUAUGCUGCUAAGUGCCGUGCUAACCUGAACCAGCACCUGACUGUGCACUCGGUGAAGCUGGUGAGCACCGACACCGAGGACAUCGUCAGCGCCGUCACGGCCGAGGGCAGCGAUGGAAAGAAGCACCCUUACUACUACAGCUGCCACGUGUGUGGGUUUGAGACAGAGAUGAAUGUCCAGUUUGUCAGUCAUAUGUCCCUCCACGUGGAUAAGGAGCAGUGGAUGUUCUCCAUUUGCUGCACGGCGUGCGAUUUUGUCACUAUGGAAGAGGCAGAUAUGAAGGCUCAUGUCAACAGCAAGCACACAGCUGAAGAGAGGAAGACACCCAGUGAGUCUAACAGUCCAUCUUCAUCUUCGCUGUCAGCACUGAGCGACUCUGCCAACAGCAAAGAAGAUGCAGAUAUAACCCCAAAAUCCAAGGGGUCAAACAACCUACUGGUCAUUUCUGUAGUGCCUGGUAGUCAGACCUCAGUGAACACUGAAGAGAAGUCAGAGAAAGGCUUUGAAUGUGUUUUCUGUAACUUUGUCUGCAAAACAAAAAAUAUGUUUGAGCGUCACCUGCAAAUCCACCUGAUCACACGGAUGUUCGAGUGUGACGUGUGCCACAAGUUCAUGAAGACACCUGAGCAAUUAGUGGAGCACAAGAAAUGCCACACUGUCCCCACCGGUGGGCUCAAGUGCCCGUUCUGCAUCUACUCCACGAACCGCCCCGCAGCCAUGGAGUGCCACCUGAAGACUCACUACAAGAUGGAGUACAAGUGUCGGAUCUGCCAGACAGUGAAAGCCAACCAGCUGGAGCUGGAGAUGCACAUCCGAGAGCACCGCCUUGGCAACCAUUACAAGUGUGACCAGUGUGGCUACCUGUCCAAGACGGCCAACAAGCUGAUCGAGCACGUGCGUGUCCACACCGGCGAGCGCCCUUUUCACUGUGACCAGUGCAGCUACAGCUGCAAACGCAAAGACAAUCUCAACUUGCACAAGAAACUGAAGCACGCUCCACGCCAGACCUUCAGCUGUGACGAGUGCCUGUUCAAGACUACCCACCCUUUUGUCUUCAGCCGCCACGUGAAGAAGCACCAGAAUGGGGACUGCUCUGAAGAGGAGAAGAAGGGCCAGUAUUCAACCUCCAAGGAAGCCAGUCCGCUCCUACCAGUGAUCAGCUCCAGGAACCUUCUGUCACCCCUCUCAGUUAUGUCUGCCUCCCAGGCCCUGCAAACAGUGGCUAUGUCAGCUGCACAGGGCAGCGGGGCAGAGCCAAACUUGGCAGUGAAAGCCUUGGCCAUCAACGGCACUUCCCUGUGCUUCGAUAAAUACUGGAACUCAGAGUUUGCCCACCUUAUUCCUUUAACAAUGUUUUUCCCCAAAAACCACUACGAUCUCACAUUCCAUCCACCCAGACCUCAGACUGCACCGGGAGGUGCCUCUUCACCUAAACACUCCUUCCUUGCCUACCUUGGACUAACAGAAAGGGCAGAGACUGUCUGAGGGCAGUUGCAUUCUGUACCAAAAAUCCCCGACAAACCCAGCAGGUUACACAUUGCUGCAAACGUAGCCCCAGAGGUAACGAACACUUGUACUAUAUCAUUAGUAAGGUUUAGCAAAUGGCUCUGUGUGUAUACUUAUUGCAUUGACAUGAAAGCUGCUUUAUUAAAUCUCCAAGAGGUGACCUACUGCAUACUUCUACCUUCAGAGGCAUGUUCCCAGUACUCUUUAUCUAAGAAACUAUUUUGUCUUGUUAAGCUGAAAAAAAAAAGAGUGUCCUUAUUGGCAAUCAGCACUUGUAAGAUGACAUAUUGAUGCAUUUUAUUUUUGGGCUUUGUGUGCGUGCGGGUGCGUGGAAGAGAGGCUGCCUGUAGUGUGCCAUGACAUUGCUUUUGCACAUCCCUUGGAUUGGCUUCUUUAAUCAUUCUUCUUUUCCCCUUUCCACACACUGGCUCCCUGCCUUCCCCCUGCCUCCCCCUGAACUGUGGAGCUGUUCAGGAGCAAUGUUUGGGGCGGGGCAGGGGGAGAACUGGUCUGUUAUUUCAGUGCUGUUUGCAGCUUCCUUUAGUUGUUUGAUGCCUUGUAUUCAGUCGUCAAGGUUUGAGGAUUUGGGGUAGAACUGGUGAGGAAGAAAAGUUGCUUUCAGCGCUGCAGGAUGAGGGCAUGACAAUGCAAAGUGUGUAUGUCCACACACUUGCAGUGUGUGCAGCCUACACACCCACCCAGCAGGCCCAGCUCUUACACAGGUGUGACAAACACCUGCCUCUGGGCCACAGCAUACAUCUUUUGUUUUAAAAGGGCAUAUAAAUAUUGGAUAUAUAUACUGUAUUAUGCAGUGGUUACCUUUUACUUUGCAGGAACAACUUGUAUAACUAGAAUUCUAUGGUGGAAAAAAAAAUCCAACAAGGGGAUUUAAAAAAGGGUAUGGAUAAAUUCUGGGUAUAAAUACUCAGACUAAAAAAAAAAGGCAGUUUUGCACAGUGCUUUAGUCUUGCACUAGUUUGUUUCUCACUUGCAAAAAAAAAAAAAGAAAAAAAACAAAUUGUGGGCUGAAGUGAAUAAGACUGUUUAUUUGAAAAGGUACCAGUAACUUCUUUGAAAUAUAAAGCUAUAAAAAGAUGCUUUUGGAAUCAUAAAGUUCUCUUUUAUACCCUCAGUAUUUCAAUUGUACUUGCAAAUUUGACAGUCCUCUCGCUCCCCUCCAUGUCAUCAGUAAUACUUUAUUCCUUUCUGUUGAUGGCAGAUAGAGUGUGUCCUGCUAGGAAGCUGACUUUGUACUUAUUUAAUGCUCCUACUUGUGGUCAUUAAAAUGACAUGUUAUAUGUAGCACUUUAUUGCAGGAAGAAGCAAAUGCAGAUUGGUUGUAUAACCUUUGUUAAUCUCAAAAUGCCAAGAGUGAUCUUAAUGCAAGAGAAGCUAACUGAUCGUUAAUUGAUUUCUGUUCCUUAGACAAAGUAAUAUGUGGGAAGAAAGACUGGGAUUAAAAGCACUCUGUUUUACAAUUGGAAGUAUGAAAUGUGAAGCCUUUCAGAAUGGUCAUGUGAUGUACAGGAAUGCCUUCAUACUGAAUUAUUGUUUUCCGUGGUGUCUCUUGGAUUUGGAUCUGGCUGUCUCUUACAGCUAUUAGAAGUGUCUGACCUAGCUUUUGCCACAGUCCCCUCCCUGUCCCUUGGCCAAGCCACUGUAGGAGGUGCCCUGAGUCACAUCUUUCAUGCUAUCUACCCACCCUCGUGCUGUCCUGAAGGAACUUCCUCUACAGGUUGUUGUGGGAUGGGGGGAUCCAACCACCCCAGCAGGAAAGCAAUGACUCUGUUCAGGAAGGAAUUUCUUGUCCACAAGGGCUUUUAGCCAUAUGGGCAAGUAGAAAUGUAACUCAGUCUUCAUGAGUUCUUAAAUGAAGCUUGUGUAGAAGGACUUUCUGGAUGCAAAACUUGCAUCACUUUAACCUAUUUGCAAGAUUCCUGCAUUUGUUUUGUACUGAGAUGGCCAAACAUUCUCCACUGUCAUGACCAAAUUCUUCCUGUAUGUGGAGGACAUGCUAAUCUUGGCACUCCUGUUACCAUACUGGAAGCUAGUUACAAGGGGGAAAUAUCCAAAACCAUCAGCAGGUUAUCAUUUGGCAUUAUUAAUUACAGGACAGAGAAGUCUCACCAUUUGUUUACAUUCCAGCAGACAGUUUUGGUUCUGAUGAGCACUUGGCAGGUCUGUCUAUGCAGUGAAGAGAACCCAUCUGCUCCAAACUGCGUGUAAACCUCUGUAAACAACUUACCUAACUCAGGGCCCUGCUCACCAUGCUUUACUCCACCAGAGCUCCUGCUCACACCUCCCUGGGAGCACAGGCGAAAUAGAAAAUACUCAGAGCAUAAAAUAGUUACUGUCUUGACAGCAUGAAAUCUGCAACCUGUAUCCAGCAGCUCUACCAGUUCUGUAAAACACGCUCCACACCACAGAAAACCAAACACUCCCAAAUCCAAAAGCUUGUUUUUCACACCAGCUACAGGUAAGGUGCAGCUGUCCAGGAGGAAGAAGAAGGAGGAAUGUUACAAUAGUAGGCCACUGUAUCUAAACCAAAUGGCAGUUUAAAUGGGGCUGGAACUUCCAAGAAUGAGCUGCCCGCAUGCGACCGCCACGUGUUUUGACCAUGUUCCACUGCACCAGUAUCUGACCUGGCAAUGUUUAGUGUACCUGGGAAAUUUGUUUAGCACUUUGGAAAGGAUAAAUUCAUCCUUUCUGGCAAGUUAUAGAAGUUUUCUCUGUAAGGAAAAGUGUGUUAGGAGGUUUUUAUUUUUUUAAGAAAAAAAAAUACCCUAUUUAUCAGAGCUCUUGCAUAUUAAAAUAAUUUGUUUGCAGUUCAAGACUAAAGACAGGAAUGUUCUCCAGAGGUUCCCCCUACUGAUUAAUGACCAACAGUUCUGAUAAAUUCCCCCCACCAUAAAGGUAAUUUCAUACUGGUUUUCACUAUGCAUUCUUUAAUGAAAGCUGGCGUGUUUUUCCAUUCAGUAAUUCAGUUAAAGUUCUCAGCACUUUUUUCUUUCUUCUUUUUUUUUUUUUUACUUGUUGUAUUAUGUUCAAAUAUCAUUCAAGGUUUGUGUACAUUAAUAAAAAUUUGUAUUGUAUAAAGCUUUUUGCAUUAUAAGGCUGUACAGGGUCAUUUUGACAGUAACUGGUAUAUUUCUUUGCAUCUUAUGUUGCAUUGCCAAUUUCUAGUGUAUCCAGUUUGGAAGUACAAUAUACUCUAAUUAAAAAGGUUGGCUAUA